AUGGCUACUGAGGCCUCUGCUGAACGGCGUCCCCCCGCCCCAGCCUGCAAGGAGGCCCCUGGCAUGAAGGACAGUACCUUGCACUCCCAAUCAGCCACCAAGAUGUCAGGAGAGAUGGACAAGCCGCUGAUCAGCCGCCACCUGCUGGACAGUGAUGGGAGCCUUGCUGAGGUCCCCAGGGAGGCCCCCAAGGUGGGGAUCCUGGGCAGCGGAGACUUCGCCCGCUCCCUGGCCGCACGCCUGGUGAGCUCCGGCUUCAGCGUGGUGGUGGGAAGCCGCAACCCCAAACGCACGGCCGGGCUGUUCCCCUCGGCCGCACAAGUGACUUUCCAGGCGGAUGCAGUGGAGUCCCCUGAUGUCAUCUUUGUGGCCAUGUUCCGGGAGCACUACUCCUCACUGUGCGGUCUCAGUGACCAGCUGGCUGGCAAGAUCCUCGUGGAUGUGAGCAACCCCACAGAGCAGGAGCACCUUCGGCACCAUGAGUCCAAUGCUGAGUACCUGGCUUCCCUCUUCCCCACCUGCAUGGUGGUCAAGGCCUUCAACGUCAUCUCUGCCUGGACCCUGCAGUCCGGCCCGAGGGAUGGGAACAGGCAGGUGCCCAUGUGCAGAUCCAGCCAGGAGAGCCAGCGUACUGUCUCGGAGGUGGUACGGGCCAUGGGCUUCAUGCCCGUGGACAUGGGGUCCCUGGCCUCGGCCCGGGAGGUGGAGGCCAUGCCCCUGCGCCUCCUCCCAGGCUGGAAGGUGCCCGCCCUCCUGGCCCUGGGCCUCUUCACCUUCUUCUACGUCUACAACUUCAUCCGCGACGUCCUGCAGCCCUACGUGCGGGACGGCAAGAGCAAGUUCUACAAGCUCCCCGUGUCCGUGGUCAACACGACGCUGCCGUGCGUGGCCUACGUGCUGCUGUCGCUGGUGUACCUGCCCGGCGUGCUGGCGGCCGCCCUGCAGCUGCGCCGGGGCACCAAGUACCGCCGCUUCCCUGACUGGCUGGACCACUGGCUGCAGCACCGCAAGCAGCUGGGCCUCCUCAGCUUCCUCUGCGCCGCCCUGCACGCUCUCUACAGCUUCUGCCUGCCCCUGGGCCGCGUUAACCGCUACGAGGUGGUCAACCUCGCCAUCAAACAGGUCUUGGCCAACAAGAGCCACCUGUGGAUUGAGGAGGAAGUCUGGAGGAUGGAGAUAUACCUCUCCCUGGGAGUGCUGGCCCUCGGCACACUGUCCCUGCUGGCCGUCACCUCACUGCCAUCCAUUGCAAACUCGCUUAACUGGAGGGAGUUCAGCUUCGUUCAGUCCACCCUGGGCUUCGUGGCCCUCGUGCUGAGCACCCUCCACACGCUCACCUAUGGCUGGACCCGUGCCUUUGAAGACAGCCAUUACAAGUUCUACCUGCCUCCCACCUUCACGCUCACGCUGCUGGUGCCCUGUGUCGUUAUCCUGGCCAAAGCUCUGUUCCUGCUGCCCUGCUUCAGCCGCAGACUCUCCAGAAUCCGGAGGGGCUGGGAGAAGGACGGUGCCACCAAGUUUCUGCUGCCGAUGGACCACGCCCUGGCCCAGAAGACGAGCCACGUGUGA